AUGUCCUUCAACUGCUGCUCUGGAAACUUCUCCUCCCGCUCCUUCGGGGGCUACCUCCGCUAUCCAAGCUCCUCCUGUGGCUCUUCCUUCCCCAGCAACCUGGUCUACAGCCCUGACCUCUGCUCCCCCAGCACCUGCCAGCUGGGUUCCUCUCUCUACAGUGGCUGUCAGGACACCAGCUGUGAGCCCACCAGCUGGCAGACGUCCUUUGUGGUAUCCAGUCCCUGCCAGACAUCCUGCUACCGCCCAAGGACCUCCUUGCUCUGCAGUCCCUGCCAGACGACUUACUCUGGAUCUCUGGGCUUUGGAUCCAGCAGCUGCCGCUCCCUGGGCUGUGGAUCAAGGAGCUGCUACUCCCUGGGCUGUGGACCCAGCGGCUUCAGACCCCUGAAUUUUGGAGGCUGCGGCUUCCCUUCUCAGAGCUGUGCAUCAGGAUUCUAUCGCCCAUCCUACCUGGCUUCUAGGAGCUGCCAGUCUUCUUGUUACAGACCAACCUGUGGAUCUGGCUUCUAUUGA